CUGGGACCAAAUAAACGGUUGCACAAUGGAGAGCAGGAUGGACAGCACAAAUGUCAGAAGAACUAAAGAGGAGAAAAAAUGGCUUCGUAGGCAAUUUAAAGCCAGUCACACAUUACUCAAACAUGAGGGCAUAAGUACAGUAUCGCGUCCCACAAAGCAUCUGGUGGUCUUUAAUGGGGGUUUGGGAAAUGGAGUGAGCAGGGAGUCGCUGCUGGAGGUUCUUAAAGAGGGAGGUAACGUCGAGUCGCUUCUCACACCCCCUACUAAACCAUAUGCAUUUGUGACAUAUUCAUCAACUCAAGCAAGCCAGAAUGCUUUCACACUUCUCAGCGGACGAUCACUGAUGUAUUCGGAUCAAAGUGUCACACUUUAUUUCAGCUAUGUUGAGAGAGUGGACAGUGACAGGACUGUGUCUUGUGCUUUGCCCCCUGGACUAUCUGUUUUGGAGGAUUUUGUGUCUGUAGAGGAGGAGCUACAAUUGCUAAAGGCUGUUGAUUGGACGUUGGAUACUGAUGAUAUCACAGUGCAUAAAGCUUUAAAACACAGAAGAGUGAAGCAUUAUGGAUACGAAUUUCGCUACGAUAAUAAUAACGUUGACAAGGACAAGCCAUUGCCUGGUGGUCUGCCGGUGGAAUGUGACGCUUUACUUCAAAGAUGUUUGACUGACGGCCACAUAAGUGUCCUCCCAGACCAGCUCACUGUAAACCAAUACCGAAGUGGACAAGGAAUUCCACCCCAUGUGGACACUCACUCAGCAUUUGAGGACCCUAUCCUCUCUUUGAGUCUUGGAGCAAAGACAGUUAUGGACUUUAAACACCCCGAUGGGCGCUCUGUCUCUGUGGUACUGCCAGAACGCAGUCUACUGGUGAUGAAAGGAGAGAGCCGCUAUCUGUGGACUCACGGCAUAACUCCUAGGAAAUUUGAUGUGGUGCCGGUUUCAGAGGAUGGAGGGUCAGGGUUCUUGACUUCUGAUUUGAGUAAUCUGACCCUGAAUCGCCGUGGCACCAGGACAUCACUAACCUUCAGAAAAAUUCGGCAUACACCAUGUAACUGUGUCUAUCCAUCUGUAUGUGAUAGCCAGCAGCCACCCGCCCCACCCACAAUGCCUGUUGUUGAAGCUGACGCAUGCUGUUUGGAAGCACAGUAUGUUCACCAGGUCUACGAAGAGAUUUCUUCUCACUUCAGCAGCACACGACAUUCACCAUGGCCCCAGGUGCGAGACUUCCUGCUGUCCCUGCCACCUGGUGCAAUUCUGGUGGAUAUUGGAUGCGGCAAUGGCAAAUACCUUGGGAUCAACCCUGAGGUGAUGGCGGUGGGCUGUGACCGCAGUGCUAAUCUGGUGCAGAUCUGCGUCGAGCAAGGUUAUGAGGCAUUUGUGUCAGAUGCUCUGUCUGUUCCCCUACACAGUGGCUGCUGCGAUGCCUGCAUCUCUAUUGCGGUCAUUCACCAUUUUUCUACAAAGGAGAGAAGACAGUCUGCUAUUAGAGAGUUGAUCCGGCUGUUAAAAGUGGGAGGAAGAGCACUGAUCUAUGUUUGGGCCAUGGAGCAGGAAUACAACAAACAAAAAUCUAAAUAUCUAAAAGAAAACAAGUACAAAGAAAAUGCUGUGCCUACAUCAUGCAUGAAGACAACUGAAGAAAAUAACACUAACCAACAGGAGGAGCACAUUAGUUCAGACAUUAGAAACACAGAGGACGGUUCUGGGGAUGUUACAGCACGCAGAAUACACGUCCAUACGAAUCGCACAACUUUCCUUUCCCAAGAUCUCCUGGUGCCAUGGCACUUAAAGGGUAAUAAGGACAAAAACAAAGAGGCUGCGAGUUGUAGUACAGAGGUCCCUGUGGAGCAAACAAGCCAGGGGACUGUAUUUCACCGUUAUUAUCAUGUGUUCCAGCAGGGUGAGCUGGAGGAACUGUGUGUGUCGGGUGUAAAAGUGCUCAGGAGCUACCACGAUCAGGGUAACUGGUGUGUGGAGCUGGAAAAAACGAAUGAUACUUCUUCAAAAAUUGAUAUUGCAAUGGAAAAAUAAAGUAUUUUAUUAUGAGUAAAUAUUAUAAAAUAAAGAACAAUUAUUAUCAA